CCAACCUUCUCCCUUUUCGCAGCAUUGGACUGUAAUCGGUCGCGCAAAAUCGACUCGCGCCCAUAUCGCCUAUACCACAGGACAUCUAGAUUACCUACCAAACAAAGAGGUUACGCUGCUAUAGCGUUGCAGCAGCAGCAGCCGCCUCUUCCCACGACUGUGAUCCGUGACGACAUCCCGUCAAUUUGAGUUUGCCUUCGAAUCCAUUCUGGCCUUCUGCCCUUGCCCUUCGCCCCAAUCACUCUUUUCCUAUUCGUGUACCACAUAGGCCGAUUAAACAUCGUCGUCAUGGCGGAAACUGCCAUCGUUUCCAAGACCGAGACGAAAUCGCCGAAGCGGUCGUCGCCGUCAAACAAAGCUGAAGAUCCCGAAUCCAAGAGACCAGAAUCAAAUGCGGAUACUACCACGAAACCUUUGGCCCCUCCGCCGCGACCCGUGCCUGCACAGGGAACACCCGACUACUUCAACCCCGGAUUGGGUGGCUCGCUAAGCCUCGAGCCUAAUCCAUUCGAACAAUCUUUCGGAGCACCACCGGAGACUCCCGGAGGCACCAAGUUACCCUCCGUCGCGGCACUGACAUCUCCCUCAUCGUUACUUCCAGGCAGUGGUGCGACACCGUUCAACUGGGGAGGCGGUUCAUUGCGCACUGGUCCGUUGAGCCCAGCAAUGCUUUCGGGGCCGACGAAUGAUUAUUUUGGGGACACACAUCAUCUGCGUGGCGGAUUCCCCACGCCCAACGAGUCUUCGCUGAGGACAGGCUUGACGCCAGGAGGAGGCGGGUCUAUGUUUCCUGCUGCCAGCCCAAGUGCUCAAGCUUUUAUGAACGGAGGAACGACACCGAGCACUCUUGAUUUCCAUCGGACAGCUCUUGCUGCGGCAGCAGCCAAGCGAGAGGCAGGUAUUAACCAGACCCAAAACCAAUCGCAAACACAGCCGCCCCAGCAACAGUCGCUCCCUGCAACAUCGCAGCCUGAGGAUAUGGCAAACGGAAAUGUAAAGGCCGAAGCCAAGCCUGCUCCAGGGCCGUUUGAUCCGCAUGAUAAUGAUGCGGCAAACGGCCUCUUUAUGUUGGCUCAGGGUCGCAACGGUGCGCAGCCUCAAAACAACUACGCUGUUCAACAGCCGCCGCAAGCGCACGCGCAUGCGCAUCCUCCCCCACCACCUCCUGCGAUCAAGACAUCACCUCACAUGAACACCGUUAAUGGAACUUCAGGGGCACCGCCUAGCGCCACAAGGAGUGACCGAACGGGAAGCGUUGGGUCGGACGAUGUGGAGCAAAGCAGGCCUUCAACCCGAGGCAAAGCUAGUAAGAAGAGCACGACAACAGCAGCACCUGCAACUAAUGGCAAGAGGAAGCGCAGUGAUGCCCAACCAGUCAAAGCACCAAACUCCAAGCAGGUCAAGGCUAAUGGAAAUGGCAUGCCUCACUUCAGCCCUGAGCCUGAGAUGUCGGAUGAUGAUGAGGACGAGAUGAAGUUGGAUAAGGAGGGCAACCCCAAAGGCAAACAGACAGAUGAGGAGAAGCGCAAGAACUUUUUGGAGCGUAACAGGGUGGCCGCUCUCAAAUGCCGACAGCGCAAAAAGCAAUGGCUGGCUAAUUUACAGAGCAAGGUUGAAAUGUACGGCGCUGAGAACGAAAACCUUACAGCUCAAAUUGGUCAGUUGCGUGAAGAAGUUGUGAACCUAAAAACAUUACUUCUUGCCCACAAGGACUGUAAUGUUACCCAGGCACAGGGACUUCAGGGGCAGUUCAUGCAGCAACCGCCAAUGGACCACUUCAACGCGCAAAUGAAUCCUUAUGGUUUGGCGCCAGCAGGAAUGCCACCGCAGCCAGUUAUCGCCAACGGUGGUCAGAGGCGGUAUUCAUAGAACGAAUCUGCCGCGAUCCUCGACAUGAUGGCGCAAGAUGCUGUGAGACGGCGAUCGGCAUCAAGCCGGAGCAGUGGCUCUUCUGUGGCCCUAAAAAAAUCGCCGUCGGGUCAACCCUGAAAUGUCUCGACCGAUCAUCAUGAAUGGUCUUUUUCUAUGGGAUAAUUACUUAUAGACAUCUGCUAGGGGAUCUUCUGGUCCCUCGGCAUGUCAAGCAUUUUCAUGUGCACACGAUUUAUCAAACUCACUGGGUAUAAUAAGGGCGUGGUGUUUGUUCGCUUGGGAGCAUUGAACUGUACAGCAACAAGAAGACAGUCGGCGCUCAGGUUUAACUUUUUUUUUUCACGAUUUGGAGUUUUUCGUCUUUUUGAUUUUUUAUGGAUUUUUGUUUUCUCUUCUAUUUCUCUUCAUGUUCUACGGUUAUUCUUACUUGUCUUUUUCUUAAACUUUCAAUCUUUUCUUACUUUACCUCACUAGCUUUUACACUUGAACUUCUACUUUCAGCCUCGAUUCGAGCAACCGUCUUGGGGGCUCCAAAAGGACACACGCAAAAAGGUUGGAGAUGGGCGUUGGGGGGUUCUGCACUGGCUUCUUUUGUGUUUUUGUCGAGAUAUUCUCGGUUUCCUAGAGUACGUUUUCAUGGGAUGAACAAGCCUGUUCGGCCUUUCAACGCGUACGGGUUCGUGUGCGCUGUCUGUCUACAUGAAUCCAGACAUGAGGGUUGUUCUCCCCGAUCAGCAAGUUGUGUGGGAGGCAGAUUCCUUUCAGGUACAAUUGGUAUGAUUUAGAUCUAGUCAAUCUAUGCAAAGC